UUUGGAAGUUGUCCACAUCCCAACUUGCCCCACGCUUCGAGGUGCAAUGGAGGGCAUCAAGAUGCUGCAACAGUCCACUCUGGACGACGACAUGCUGUCGGAGAUUGUCGACGCCGUGUUCGACUCUUCGAGUAGCGAUUCCGAAGCAUCAUCAACGUACAAGAAACCCCAUGGUGGCUCUCGACCGGGGCGUGCACCGAAUGUCAAUCGUGGUCACGCAAUGGGUGGCGAUCGACUAUACCAAGACUACUUUGCUCCGAAUGCAGUGUAUAAUGAACGAUUGUUCCGUCGGCGCUUCCGAAUGCAACGUGAGUUGUUCAUACGAAUAGUUCAAGGCAUCAAAACUCACGACGAGUACUUUGAGCAACGAUUCAAUGCACUUAACGUGCCUGGGCUGUCGACGCUUCAGAAAAUCACCGCUGCAAUACGCCAGUUAGCUUAUGGUACACCUGCGGACGCUUGUGACGAGUAUAUUCGAAUCAGCGAAAGCACAGCUCAAAAAUGCCUGGACAAGUUUGCCCAGGUACAAUUAUAACCCACAUUUGAGUAUACACAUGUAAUAAAUAGUUCCUUAAGAUUGAACAAUAGAG